UGUGUUUGUGUCUAGCGUUGCACGCGCGCGCGUCUGUGUGCGUAUCCACUCAUGGCAGCGGACUAUGACGGCUCGUAGAUUUGACAGCUAGCUCAAUGCGGGUUCAGACGUUCAUUAAACACAGGCCGAUGUAAUUUCGUGAAAUUGUUGACAGUUUGUUUACGUGCGAAAAGGACAGCCCUUCAGUGUUAGCUUUCGGCUUUGAGAAGUGUUUUUUAUUUACAAGUUUUCGCGCGCCGAACUUGAACUUGACUUCCGGCAAGUCCAGUUUCCCGAUUGAUUUGUGACAUGUUUCAAGCAUUUAUUUAUCAUGUUCGCAAUUAGAUGCGCUUCGUUGAAAAUCGGUCUGAGGGGCACCGGCAUGAAUAAAAUAUCGCCCGCGGUUUGGUGGUCCCGACUAGACGGAAUGGUAACUCUAUUUGACGAGUGGAAAAAAUAAAUUGGACGUUAAUGGGCCGAGUUGGAAUAUAUCAUUUAAUUAUGGAAAGAAUGAGGUGAUAUUAAAUCCGUAUCUUUAAAACAUUAGUGAUGUGAAGACAGUAAACUAUAUUUUGAAUAAGUGCAAGUUUUAGUUGAUUAUUUUUGCGUAGAGUUUAGUGAUAAUCUAUUUUUUUCAUUUGAUGGAUGGUUUUUUCUUCUGAUUCGGAUUAUCUACAUAAAAUAUUACUAGAUUCGCCGAGUUUCUGAUGAGGAUACACCGUCCCCCGGCACACCGUGAGCCAGCAGCGGGAUCGACUGCCGCCGCGUAGUGAAUGGAAUCCGAAGUGUUUGUGUAGUGACUGAUACGGUGAUAGUGUCGGCCCUCGGGCCGAAACCUGCAACGGAAGCUACGGACGCAAGCCACGCGGGCUGCGGGCCCGCGAUGAGCGCCAACAACUGCGAUAGCAUGACAUAUUUCUCCAACGCCUACAUGCCGGACAUGAGGAACGGUGGGGGCCAUGACCAUGCACAAGCGCACGCGCACUACGGCGCAGUGCCACAACAGGGGCACGAGAUGGAGGGCUGCGACCAGCAGCUCAGGCCCGGCCAGCAUCACUACCCCGCGCAACCCGCGCCCGGCAUGCCCUACCCGAGGUUUCCACCUUACGAUCGACUGGGUUACUAUCAACAAAUGGAACAGAACGGGUACCGACCCGACAGUCCGUCUCAAAUGGGGCAUAUGGGUCCAAAGUCAGACGGCUACGGACCUAACGGCCAUCAGCCUCCGACGCCAGCAGUUUACCCCUCGUGCAAGCUACAAGCGGUAGCGGCGACGGCGGGCGGAGUCCCCGGCAGCCCUCCCUUGGAGCAAGCGCAGCAAAUGCCCCACCAUAUGCAUCAGCAGCACAUGGGCCAACACGGGAUGCCGCCACACCAGCAACAUGUCAUGUACCCAGUAGAUGAGAUGCAGCACCAGACGCAAAUGCCUCCCAUGCACCAACCCUCCAUGCACCCGCAGCAGGCGCCGCCCCAACAGCCCCCGCCGAACACGAAUGCGUCGCUUCCCAGUCCACUGUACCCUUGGAUGCGGAGUCAGUUUGAACGAAAGCGGGGAAGGCAAACGUACACCCGGUACCAGACGCUCGAGCUCGAGAAGGAGUUCCACUUCAACCGGUACCUGACGAGGAGGAGACGGAUCGAGAUCGCGCACGCGCUCUGUCUAACCGAGCGCCAAAUCAAGAUCUGGUUCCAGAACCGACGCAUGAAGUGGAAGAAAGAAAACAAGACCAAAGGCGAGCCUGGUUCCGGAGACGAACCGGACAACAUGAGUCCGCCCACCUCGCCACAGUAAAGCCUUUAGCUUAGUUCAUGCGGUCCAAGUGACUGAUCGAUUUGUUUCAGAUAGGCUCACGACACCGAGUCGGUUUGUGUCCAUCUAUUUUCAUAUAACAUUGAAUUUUGUGCAUUGGAAUGAUGAAUCUGAAACUAUUGAUCCGGAGGCCGAAGUUACUAGAACGGUUUAAUUUGUAUAAAUUGUAUGUUGGACUUUUCAUGAUAAUAUUAUUAUUAUUAUAACUAAUGCGUAAUUAGUGACUUGGCAUAAAGAGUAAUGAUAGUGUGAUGAAGAGAUUUUUACAGUUGUUAAGUAUAAAUUAAUUUAUAGAACAAUCUCAAUACCAAUAAUUACCAAAAAAGCAGUGUAUAUGAUUAGUGAUGCUGCAUCAGUACCGAUGUGAUUGAAUACAUUUAACGUACCUAGUUUGGUUAUUGUUUUGAAUGUGUGCAGUAAUUUUGGAGUUUCUCCUGAUUUACUGUUUUUAUUAUCACUUAACAAAGUGCUUGUUAUUCUGUUUAUGAGUUUUUUUAAUUGAGAUUUAUCAAUAACUUCGAACGUACUUAUCUAAUGAUAAAUAUACGAAAUCAAUAUAAAACUAUUAAUUAGACCAAGGCUCAAGCACUUUGUGACAAAAAUGAUAAACCUUUUGAUUAGUAUUGAAAUACAAAACCAUAAGGACCUCUUAUAAUUAACCAUUGAUAAGAAGGCAAUUAGUAACGAUAUUGUUAUUAUUUAAUAUAUUUGAUGUUUUAUUUCUAAUUAAGCUAUCGAAAUGCUAUUUUGUACAUAUAAAAAUGAUAAUUUUAGAUUUUAUGAUUAUGUACAAUUGUUUUAGUGUGAAUAAUAUUAUUGAUAUUUUGGAAAGCAAUGAUCGGUUCUUGACUCGAUCUUACAGGAACUAGGGUUUUAUUUUGUGAAUCUUCUCUGAUUUUAACUCUCAACUUCGUAGUUGGAAAGGCCAGUUCUACAAGUGCAAUGUAUACGAUUUUUCGAUGACACAUAUACGUAAUUUAUGAUACUGAUAAUAAAUUCAUAGGAAAUCUAUUUAAUAUUAUUGUAAAAUGUUGCAAGGGUGAAGCUUAAGAAUCUUAAUGUACUUUUCUAAUUCUAUUGAAAGCGGGCAAAGUUUGUGGUAAAAGCGAUAUGGUAAAAAUUUACGAAGCAAAUUGGAUUUGACUAGACAGAGAAAUUCAUUCACGAGUCACGACUGUAAUUAUUAUUAUAGUGGAACAAAAGUUACCAUCAGUUUUGUGGGUGCGGUGGGAUUUACUUAUUUAAUUCAUAAUUUGAGACCUUUACGACAUGAAUUUUAGUAGUUGCGAAGACGUGUACACAGUAUACCAAAGUUAGGAAAUAAACUGGUUGUUCAGUGUUAUAGGCGCCUUCUUAGCGCGGUGAAGGUGCAUGUUAUUCGGCCAUUUCAUAUUAUACGAGUCUCACGGAGACAGACAAAGGUAUUUUUAUAAAAUCAUUGCCUAUCGAAACCAAUAUACGUAAAAUCGAACAUUAAUUAUUUACUUACUUGUAUCUUGAUAGUCUUAUGAAUAAGUACUGUUAAAGGAGAGUAAAGAGAUGUUUGUGAGGUGAAAAGUCGGGAUUCGCGUUAUACGUUUUAUCGAUAUAAUGUCUACAUAUUUAUUGUAAAUUGAUUUUUCGCAUAGAUCCUAAUUAGUAAAUGUUUUAUUAAGAGCUUGGUGAGCCCGUUUCAUCUUACACAUAUUUUUAUUUGUGCUGUGUUCGUUAAGUAAUGUAAAUUAUAUUAACUGUAUAUUGUCGAUAUUUUAUACGAUAUUUAUUUAUUGAUUCGCUUUAGGUUCGCUAUCACAUUUUGUUUUUAUUAUUUUACAAUUGGACUGGAAGGAGUCAGUGAUCUGGCUGGGAUGCAUUUUCUUUAUAUGAUUUAUAAAAUUUGCUCAAAUAUUUCAUUUUAUAUCGUAUAAAAGUGGCCAUAAAGUGAAUCGUUACUGUAGCUUCACCAUUUACUAUAAAAGUCAAAUAUAUAUUUUUUAAAUUUUCAUUAAAUUGACAAAAUUUUUUGUAAACUCUAGACUCUAGAGGGUAUGAAGAAUUAAUUUGUCAGAAACGAAACCUCGCAAUAAAAUAUAAUUAUUGUAUCAUAUUUUCAUUGUAUAACAUUUAAUAAUAAUUAUUAUUUAACAAUGUACAUAAUAUUAUAAUAUGAAAUCAAACUCAAACGUCAAAACUGAUUUUUGAAAUCUGUAGCAAUACCCACUUAUUCAAAUAAUCUCAAUUCUUAUUAUUCAGAAUUUCGGUUCUGUCAUAAAAGUUUUAUAACCUAAUUUGGGCGUUUACCUUAACUGUAAUAUUAACUGGAAAAUAUCUCAAAUUUAGUCUAGCCAACACAUAAUAUUUUAUGAUUGUUUAUAAAAUCAAACCUAAAUGUAUGUAUGUAAACCAUUUUUAUAUGGAUUUUUGUAUGUAUUAUAUUUUUUGCUGAAGUUGAGAAGCUACUGUAACAUUUUACUUUAGGUUAAAAUAACAUGCGUGUAGGUACCUAAUGUUUUCAAAACCUAUGAAUGAUUAUAAUUAUUAUUUCUACUAUGUGCAAUUUAAGUCAAUCCCGCGCCAGGUGGAAAAGAUUUGGUUUGUAAAAUUUAAAAAAGAAAUAUUAGUUUUAUAAAAUUACAAUUAAGUUUCGAAUGUUAGGUCUACUGACUGUUCUUGAAUUUAAAAAUAUUAGGUCCGUAGAAAAAAUAUUGGAGCCUAAUUUGGGGAAUUUUAUUUACCAUUAUUUCCUAUCGAUUCAAAAUUUAUGAAAUAUAACUAUAAUUAGUAACAUAAUAAGGUUAGGCGAGACGAUAUUGUCAUAAAUAUAUAAAUACAUGAAAUUAAUAAAGCAUAAUGAUUGUAAA